AUGGCACGCAAGUGUUUUUGUUUACCUCGUGUUGGCAGUGUUGACUACCUGGAUGUUUACACGCCUGAGCCCAAGCCUCUACCUGUUUUCCGAUGGGAAUUAGAGGAAAGUUCUCCACUGCCUCCCAGAUCUCCUGGUGACUCUCCCAACCUGAACCUGGACCACUCACCCAUCAGGCGGAGCUCCUCCUUCCAUACUCCCUCUGUUACUUGUACUAAAGAGAAACUACAAGAUGAUCAUCAUCUACAACCAGAUGUUUCUGGAAACUCUUCUCUCUUUCAGAAAGACAAGAAACACCCAAAGUGUGUUAUACACCUGAAAAGCAAACACCAAGUCAGGAGAAAGUCAAGACAAGGAUUGAAGUACCUGAGUGGCAGCGCUCCUUCUGUUACAUGCGCUCCAUCUAUCUUCCCUGGCCCAGGGUUACCUCUGACCCCUUCGACCUGCCAGUCCAGACAGAAGAAGUUUUUGAGGCAUUUCGAUGUACAUCCUGAUGAGAGAGUUAUAGACUAUUUUUCGUGUGCACUGGUUGCAGACAUUCUUUUACAAGGUCAUCUUUACAUUUCAAAGAAUUAUUUUGCAUUUUAUUCCAAUGUUUUUGGAUAUGUGACCAAGCUGUUGAUUCCGGUAUCAACAGUGACUUCACUCACCAAAGAGAAGACAGCGUUUAUCCUACCCAACGCCGUUGCCGUGGUGACAGCAGACGACAGACAUGUGUUCAGCUCUCUAUUGUCCCGAGACACUACCUACAGGCUCAUGGUGCAGGUAUGGAGAGAGGCUCAGCCUGUUGUGGAUUCUACAGGACCAGCUAUCACAACCAAUAAAGUGCGAUGCCGGAGUGCCCUAAGUCAAAGGGCUCGAUUGGCCGAGCCUGAUGAAGUGUCAUUGAGUGACAAGUCUAUAUCGUGCAGUGAGCCAACAUUAAGAACUAAAAUAUCUUCGGAAAAACCACCAUCUGCACAUUUGAAACAGCCGGUUUUAGAAACCGAAAAAGCUGUUGCGGCCAGCAGAGUGCCCAAGUCCACGUUGCUGCUAGCAGCCUCCACCCUGCUGCUAGUGCUUCUAUUUAUCUCAGCAGCUGUGUUGAUGUACAGACUGUCUUCACUUCAUCAACAGUUCACAACUAUAUCACCCUCUGCAUCUCAAAGAUCUCUACUGGAGGUCCAAGAAUAUUUAGAGGCUAACUUAAAAAAACUACACAAGGUGCGGCAAUCUCUUGAAGUACUAUCUCUUCUGAUGGAAGACGAAAAAGAACAUUUACCAAGUCCUGGGAAUGCACAAAAAGAUAGUUUUGUGUUACCCGAUUCGUCAAUUAUGAAAUCAGAAAACAAUAAUCAAAUUGAUGACUAUACUAGUUAGCACAAACUCUAAUUUUUUCUCAUUAGAAAAUAUUGAAUUUUACACACGAUAAAAAUCAUGAAGCUCGUGAUCAGUUAGUCAUUUAAUAUUGAUAAUGAUGUUAUAAAAAAAAACUUAUAAAACUUAAUUUAUUGUACAGUCAAAUGAUU